GCCCAGGGCUGGAAGCUGGAAGGCGGAGGAAACGAAACUAAGCCUGGGAAGGGAAACGGGAACUGGGUGCAAGAGCCCAGAGCUGCUGAAAAGAAAUGAAACUGAAAGCGGGAGAGGAGGGGAAUGCCUGCGAGGUUGGGAAGGAGGGACGCGGGGAGAGGCUGGGGCAACAGCGCCGCCCCCUGCCCGGCCUCGGGGUGCAGAGCCAAAGCCUGGGCGUUGCAGGAGCAGAGGAGCGCGCAGAGCGCGAGAGGGGAGCCGGGGCGCGCCAGGGUACCGGAGCCCGGCCAUGGCCAUGGACGACGUGUACCGCACCCCCGCCGCCGCGCUGGACAGCCUGGUGGCCCGCAGCCUGCAGCCGUGCCCCGAGUUCCUGGGGGCUGCGCGGCGAGCCCUGGGCACCCUGGCAGCCGCCCUGCGUGAGCGCGGGGGCCGCGCCGGUGCCCAGCCUUGGAGGGUGCUGAAAAUCGCCAAGGGAGGCUCCGCCGGCCGGGGCACAGCUCUGAGGGGUGGCUGUGAUUCUGAACUCGUCAUCUUCCUCGACUGCUUCAAGAGCUAUAAGGACGAGGGUGCGCAGCGGGCAGAGACCCUCAGCAAGCUGCGGACCCUGCUCCGAUCCUGGGGGCAGGAGCCCAUCCCCGGUCUGAGCUUUGAGCUUCCUCGGCAGGACGGGGCCAGGGUCCUGCGGUUCCGCCUGGCAUCCAGUGACCUUGAAAACUGGAUGGAUGUUAGCUUGGUGCCGGCCUUUGAUGCUCUAGGGCAGCUCAGUUCCAACGCCAAGCCUGCGCCCCAUGUCUACUCGACCCUCCUCCAGAGCGGCUGCCAGGGGGGCGAGCACGCGGCCUGCUUCUCAGAGCUGCGGAGGGACUUCGUGAACACUCGCCCAACCAAGCUGAAGAGCCUGAUCCUGCUGGUGAAGCACUGGUACCGUCAGGUGUGCCGGGAGGAGUCGAGGAGGGACCUGCUGCCUCCAGCCUAUGCCCUGGAGCUGCUGACCAUCUUCGCCUGGGAGCAGGGCUGUGCGAAGGAAGCCUUCAGCCUGGCCCAAGGCCUCCGGACAGUCCUGGGCUUGAUCCAGCAGCAUCAACACCUGUGUGUCUUCUGGACCCUCAACUACGGUUUCAAGGAGGCGGAGGUCAGGCAGUUCUUGAGGCACCAGCUGGAGAGACCCAGGCCUGUGAUCCUGGACCCAGCUGACCCCACGUGGGAUGUGGGGAACGGAGCAGCGUGGCGCUGGGAUAUACUGGCCCAGGAGGCUAGGUCCUGCUAUGAACGCCCGUGCUUUCUGCAGGCAGCAGGGGGCGCUGUGCAGCCCUGGGAGGGGCCCGGCCUUCCACGUGCUGGGGGCUCAGGUUUAGGCCACCCCAUCCAGCGAGACUCUGCCCAGAGGACCCCUGAGGACAGCAGCAGUCUCCAUGCUGUGCGCCCAAAGGCAAAGAACAGGCAGCCCUCAGGCCCAGCUCCUGGCCCCUCGCGGGCAGCCAGCAUCACCCCUUCCAUGCUGGGGACGGCCUUGGCUUUGUCUCAGAUCGCUGCCAAGGACCUGGACCGCUUCAUCCAGGACCACCUGAAACCAAACCCUCAGUUCCAGAAGCAGGUCAGCAAGGCCAUCGAUGUCAUCUUGGGUUGCCUUCGUGAGAAUUGUGUCUACAAGGCUUCGAGAGUCAGCAAGGGGGGCUCAUUUGGCCGGGGCACAGACCUGAGGGGCGGCUGUGAUGCCGAACUCGUCAUUUUCCUCAACUGCUUCCACGACUACAAGGACCAAAGGGCCCGCCGCACAGAGAUCCUUAACGAGAUGCAGGCACAGCUGGAAACCUGCUGGCAGGACCCAGACUCCGGCCUGAGCCUCAGGUUUCCCGAUCAGACCGUGACCAGGGCUUUGCAGCUCCAGCUGGUGUCCACGGCCCUAGAAAGCUGGAUGGACGUGACCCUGCUGCCCGUCUUUGAUGCCGUGGGGCAGCUCUGCUCUGGCGCCAAGCCUGCGCCCCAUGUCUACUCGGCCCUCCUCAAGAGCGGCUGCCAGGGGAGCGAGCACGCGACCUGCUUCUCAGAGCUGCGGAGGGACUUCGUGAACACUCGCCCAACCAAGCUGAAGAGCCUGAUCCUGCUGGUGAAGCACUGGUACCGUCAGGUCGCAGCUCAGAACAAAAGACAGCAGCCAGCCUGUGCGGCUCUGCCCCCAGUCUACGCACUGGAGCUCCUGACCAUCUUCGCCUGGGAGCAAGGCUGCGGGAAAGAGUCUUUCAAAAUGGCGGAAGGCCUAAAGACUGUCCUAGAGCUUGUCCAGCAGCACCAGCAGCUCUGUGUCUACUGGACGGUCAACUAUAGCUUCGAGGACCCAGAUAGCAGAACACACCUUCUUGGCCAGCUUCAGAAAAAGAGACCCCUGGUUCUGGAUCCUGCUGACCCCACCUGGAAUGUGGGCCAGGGCAGCUGGGAGCUGUUGGCCCAGGAAGCAGCAGCUCUGGGGACGCAGGCCUGCCUUAGAAGUAGAGAAGGGGUGUCUGUGCAGCCCUGGAAUGUAAUGCCUGCUCUCCUUUACCAAACCCCAGCUGGGGACCUCGACAAGUUCAUCAGUGAAUUUCUCCAGCCCAACCGCCAGUUCUUGGUUCAGGUGAACAAGGCUGUCGAUAUCAUCUGCUCAUUCCUGAAGGAAAACUGCUUCCGGAAUUCUGCCAUCAAAGUGCUCAAGGUCGUCAAGGGUGGCUCUUUGGCCAAAGGCACCGCUCUGCGAGGCUGCUCAGAUGCGGAUCUGGUGGUGUUCCUCAGCUGUUUCAGCCAGUUCGCCGAGCAAGGGAACAGGCGGGCUGAGAUCAUCUCAGAGAUCCGAGCCCAGCUGGAGGCAUGCCAGCAGAAGAUGCGGUUCGAGGUGAAGUUCGAGAUCCCCAAGUGGGAGAAUUCCCGCGUGUUGAGCUUCUCCCUGACGUCCCAGACGAUGCUGGAUCAGAGCGUGGACUUUGACGUGCUGCCAGCCUUUAACGCCUUAGGCCAGCUGGUCCCUGGCUACAGGCCCCCGGCUCAAGGCUACGUUGACCUCAUUCAUAGCUACAACCACGCGGGCGAAUACUCCACGUGCUUCACGGAGCUGCAGCGGGACUUCAUCAUCUCUCGGCCCACCAAGCUCUAGAGUCGGAUCCGACUGGUGAAACACUGGUACCGGCAGGCGCGGCGCAAGGAUGGGGCCGCCCCACCGAGGUCCCGGGCGGGGGCAGGGCCCAGCGCUGGCCAGAACCCCGGGUUGGUGGAGCAGAAGGGGAGGCCCGUCAUCCUGGAUCCAGCUGACCCGACAGGCAACCUCGGCCGCAAUGCCCGCUGGGAUCUGCUGGCCAGGGAAGCUGCCGCCUGCAUGUCUGCCCUGUGCUGCCUGAGCAGGGAUGGCACCCCCAUCCAGCCGUGGCCAGUGAAGGCUGCUGUGUGAAGGCCAGAGAGCCCAUGUUUGGACCAAAUGGACAGCAGGACACCAGCCCUCAGCGUGAGGAAACUCAGGGUCACUUACCAGAUGUGUGUGUGUGUGUGUGUGUGCGUGCACACAUGCACGUGAGCAAGAUUGAUCCAGCCUCUCCGUCCAGCCUCUCAUCUAAUAUCCCUGCCUCCCCACUCCGCACUCUCCUUCUGCUUUGUGUAACCAGCCCGGCUGAGCCUCCUUGAAUACCCCCUUGUAUCAGAUAGGCACUGGCCACCUUGCAGACUCCCCUGUGUCCUGUGGCCAUGCAUCAGAGUCCAGGGUCCACGGGCUAGCAGCAGCCUGGGUUUCCAGGGUCCCUGCCAUGGCUCUGCUCUCAGACAACGACUGCUGCAGCCCACGCUGCAUCCUGCCCCUGCUGAGAAUGUCCUUCUUCCUGACUUCUCCACCCAUCCACACCAGCUCAUGUCUCCUGCUGAAACCCAUCCCCGUCCUCCCAGUGGCCUCUCCUUCUUCCCCAACCCAACAACUUUUCACAGAGAGGACAGUCUUCAUGCCAUUUGUCAGCCACGGUCAGUUGGUAGUGGCUGCCUGGAACCGGUGCUCUGGAGAAUUCUGGAGAAUGGAUACCUACUUGGGAAGAGUGACCUAAUCAGUUAGUGAUGUCUGCCAUGGAUGCAGCCGAGAAAAGUCAUGGCACGAGUGCUGUGAUUGAUUAGCAAUGUCUGGCCUGGAUACAGGAAAAAGGUGCCCACAGGCCUACAGUGUAUGGCUAAGCUAUUGGGGAGCUCUCUGAGCCCAGCCACUGGCAGGAGAGCAUGCCCAGACUGGCUAGUCUUGUGUGUCACAGGCGGAGGAAGUGGGGGCAUGUGUACCGUGCAAUCCCUCUCAUGGGACGCCUGACUCAAUGCCUUUUCGCUACAGCCUGAUUUUCUUCCCCCUCCCUGUUGCACGCAUUCCCCGUGUGUGCACCUUGAGGCCAUGCCCUAUUUGCCUUCCUGAAUUUUACUGGGCUCUUGUCUUCUCUCCUGACCUGCUGGAACACUGCCAAUGGGAUUCUCCAUCCUCAGAGCCUGGACGGGAGCCUACUUCUCUCUGCCCGCCAGAGCAAAGGCACCAGGUCCGUGCAAGAGGCACUCCUAACCUCCAGGCCAACAACAGUGUCCCUCUUAGUCAAGGCCCAGCGUAGAAAACAAAAUAGUCCAAUAAUCGUAAGCAUAAAGGGAUGCAAUCUAAAUCCCUGGAUGGUCUGGAAGAGCGGAAGGCAGGGGCCGUGACUGAGUCCAGAUUAGAUUGGUUUCCAGAUUAGACCAGCACGGCCGAAUCAGAGGUCAGGAGGCUGCUGCAGCCGAUGGCACUCACUCCCACAAAGCUGGGGGGAAAGGGGGGCAGACCCGGACUGUGGGCUCCAGCGGCCACAGGCGUUGCUCAGGGCUCGCGGGCCGCCAGCAUGGCCAGAAGCUGCCGUCUGUCUCCCUCCUUCAGCACCGUCUACACUUCAGCCAGAACUUGGGGCAGUAGGCAGACUGGAGCAGAUGCUGCGUCUCCCACCUGCUGCGGCACAGGGAGGAGCGGGUGCCCGGCGCCAACCUCGGGGUUGGGACAGCAGCCCCAGCAGCUGCGCUGUGAACGUCUGUGGGGUGCAUGAGCCGCUGGUCCGCCCCAGAGGGAGGAGCAGACGGAAGGGAAGGAGCCCCGACACAUCCCCUCCUGCCCCCGCGUGUCUCAGCGAGCCUGACUUGCCACGGCCCAUUGCUGGGCCCCACCUCGGUGCUGUCACAAAGCACCCCAGACCCCAUGGCUUAUCAACCACAGAAAUGUGUUUCUGGGCAGCUCUGGAGGCCGGAAGUCAGCACACUCGGGUUCUGCUGAGAGCCCCCUCCAGACUGCGCACAGCUAGCCAGCCCUGCGGCCUCUUAGGAGGGUGUGAAUCCCAUUCUCAAAGGUGCCACCCUCCAGACCUGGUCGCCUCCCAAAGACCACAUCCCCUUAUGCCAUCGCACUGGGAUUAGGGUUUCCACAUAGGGGACAGACCAGGGCAGGGAUGCAGGAUGGAGGAGGGAGGAGGGGGUGACGAGGAGUCCUCCGUUCUCCAGCGCUGCUCUCCGGGGAGGAAAACCGUGCCAGAGAGCGGGUCCUCUCUCUGCCCUGGGACUGUGGUGGCUGAGGCUCCGAGGCAGAACCCGCUAGCACCUCUGGUGAGCCCCCGUCCCCGUGCCACCCACUCUGGCAGCGGGACUGGUGCUGAGGUCACGUGGUGCUCAUAAAGUCUCCUUAGACUCACCUCCCUGACUCCCUCCGUAUCGGGGUGGGACUGUCAGGACCCCAAGUUACACCCCUGGGGUUGGCCAGUUCCAAGAGCUCAGGGCAGACACUUGGGGGCAGCAGAGACCUGCCCCGCCAAGCAUCCCGCAGCAGGAGGGGACCUGGCCUUGGCCUUGCUCGUUCUGGGAGGAACUGGUGGUAGGUCUCAAUUCGGUAACUCCCAUCUUCAUGACACGGAUUCUAGGCCUCCCCCCCUCAGAAUGACUCUUGAAUGAGGGGAAUUGUGAGGUGGGGGGAAAUGGGGUAGCCCCAGUAGGCGGGAGGUAAGGAGGACCUGUCACCUGGGCCGGGCUGAUCCAAGGGGGAUUUAUUUUACUCUAGCUCCUCAGUCUCUGACAGUGGCCACCCCGGUAUUGACAUCGUGACCCCACUGUCACUUUUGUGGACUUCCUGAUAUAGCUACGUCCUUAGGUAGGUGUCAGUUCCAACUUGAUUUAUACAUUUAAUGAUCCUAAAGGUAACCCACAAGAAUGCCCACAAGCAGUCUUCUCUGGAACAAGACAAACUGCUACUAAGGACUUACGGAAACACACAUGUGCAAGAAAAGUUCAGGAAAGGUGGGAAAAAGAGCUCCGAGGAGGGAGUAGCCCCAGCCAGUAUUCAAACUUACUGGGGGCGGGGGGGGGGGGGGGGGCGCCGCCGGGGCGGCUCAGUUGGUUAAGUGCCUUCAGCUCUGAUCAUGAUCUCAGGGUCCUGGGAUCGAGCCCCACGUUGGGCUCCCUGCUUAGCGAGGCGUCUGCUUCUUCCUCUCCCUCUGCUGCUGCUCCUGUUUCUACUCUGUCUGUCUCAAAUAGAUAAAAUCUUAAAAAACAAAAACAAACUUACUAGGAAGCCACAGCCUUAAGGGAUAAAAAGUAAUGACAAGCUAAAUGUGAACCAUCGGCAAUCGCAAGCUAAGCAGAGAGCCAGAGGGCCUGGCCGGCAGCACAGAGGCUCCACCUCGGGCAGCCAGAAGGCAGAGGAGAGUGAGGACCCUUCCGGAAACGCAGCACGUGCGCCCAGUGCAAGACUCCAAAGAAAGGAUUGGGUUUUUAAUUUUUCAAUUUAAUUUUUAAUUUUUAAAAAAUUGUCAUUGAGAUGUAAUUGACACACUAUGAAUUUCGACUUUUAAAGUGUACAACCCAGCGGUUUGGGGAUAGUUACAAAGUUCACAUUUAGGGUAUUCACCAGGUGAGCCACGUCACAAGGGGCGUCCAUUAUCCUAAUUCCAGAACAUUUCCAUCAGCCCCAAGAGAAACCUGAAACCCAUUAGCAGUCACUCUGCAUGCCCGCCACCCCUUCCCCCCAAUCCCUGGCCACCGCUGAUCUGCUUUCUGAUCCUAUUAUCGACACUCAUAUAAAAAUGGGAUCGCACUAUA